AGGAGCCGCAGGUGAAUCCGCGGAUCCAAAGAGGCCCAGCUGCGACCGCCGUUUCCUGCGGUCCCAACCAGACACGACGCCUUUGCGAGUCAUUAAAGGAAACGGAAAACCCUAGAAGAAACCUUAGAGGCCGCUCGCUUCUCGUUUGUCGCAGCCCCCGGAGUCUCCCGGACGACGAAGUGAAGCGAUGUGGUGGCGUUCCAGAGCUAGGGUUUUCCUUCUCCGAUCCUUGAUCCGACGGCCCUUUCCGUCCCAAUCGAAGCGCGGUUCUUCCAAAACCCUAUCCCCGAUCCCUCCUUUCACGCUCGGAUGGGCCCGUCCCGUCAAUCUCCAGUUCCAAAACCUCCGGUUCUUCUCUUCGCCAAACGAAGCUGUUUCUGGAGAUGAUGAAGAUAAAAACCGUAGCCUUGGUUUCGUGGAGUCGAGUGAUUCAUUGAUUUCGGAUGCCGGCGAAACUGGGAUCGACGGAGUUGAUGAUGGAGGGGAGGGUUCUUCCGAGUUGGAUGGUGGGAAGGAUGAAAGUCAGGUGGGGGCAGAGAGCCUGAGCUCUUUACGGGAGGAGAGCAUUCAGGAUGAUGAUUCCUUGGGCAUUUUUGCUGCCAAGGAGCCCGUAGGCGAAGCAGCAGAGGAUCCGGGCUCGGUCACUGAGAUUGAUAUCCAGCAGGUCGACAAGGUACGGUCCCUUCUUCGAGAUUCUUCGCAAGAGCCGUUGGAAUCUAGCUUGGAUAAGAUUGACGUCAGUUUGAGUGAAGAGUUAGUGGCGAUGGUGCUUCAGACACCUUAUGUCUCGGGUCACAAUUUGGUUGGCUUCUUCAGAUGGGCUUUGAGAAGUGAAGAAUCGGUCAAAUCUUUGAAGAUGGUGGAGCUUCUUGUCAGUGCUCUCAGCAGUUCUGCAGAUCUUAACAAAAUGGAGGCAUACAUGUUGUGGGAUUUGAUCAAGGAAAUUGGAAAUGAGAAGGGGUUAGUAAACACUUCGAUUCUUAAUCAAUUAAUAUCAAUGUUUGGGAGACUUGAGAAAGCCAGAGCAGGUCUUGAAGUUUUCGACAAGUUCGAUGAAUUCAGUUGUAACCCAGAUGGAAAUACAUACUACUUAACAAUUGAAGCCCUUCGUAAACGAUCCAUGUUUAACGCUGCAUGGUCUGUUUGCGAGAAGAUGCUUAGCUCAGGAAACCUUCCUGAUGGUGAAAAGCUUGGUAAGGUGAUAUCUUUCUUAUGUAAAGGGAAAAUGACAAAAGAGGCCCAUUUGGUUUAUUUGAUGGCUCAGGAAAAGAAGAUAUUCCUUCCAAGAUCUAGCUUCGAUUAUUUGGUUAGCAGUCUCUCUAGAAAGGAUGAAACUGUGCGGAUAGCUCUAGAGUUAUUGGACAACUACCCUACAGAUUCUCUCAAGUAUGCAAAUACAACUUUUGGUUCAGUGGUUCACGGAUUAUGUAGGGUUAAAGAGCCACAGGAGGCAAAGAAAUUGCUGCUAAGAAUGGCGCAAUCAGGGCCAGCACCUGGAAGUGCAGUGUUCAAUUAUGUUAUUACUGCUUUGUCUAAAGGAGGAGAAAUGGAGGAUGCCAUUGCUGUGAUGAAGAUAAUGGAAGGUAGAGGACUACGACCAGAUAUUUAUACUUACUGUGUAAUCAUGAGUGGCUUUGCAAAAGGUGGCCUGAUGGAUGAGGCAUAUGGGAUCUAUCGUGAAGCCAAGAAAAAUCAUGCUAAACUUAGUCCCGUAACUUAUCACAUACUUAUACGUGGUUAUUGCAAGAUGGAGGAAUAUGACAAGGCCCUUAAUUGCUUGAAGGAGAUGAAAGACUAUGGGGUACAACCUAAUGCAGAUGAAUACAAUAAAUUAAUAAAGACUUUAUGCCUCAAGGCUGUUGAUUGGUGCACAGCUGAGAAGCUUCUGGAGGAGAUGAAAGAGAGUGGUCUGUUCCUUAAGGGAACAACCCGCAGUCUUAUUACAGCAGUGAAGGAAUUGGAACAGGAAGCACAGUCAGAAUCAGUUCACUCUGAAGCAUAAGUUAACAUAUUCUGAACUGAGGCUGGCUAUUUAUGCCUAGUUGUUGUAUUAUUAUUUAACAUCAAGAUGUAGGCAUGGAAAUGAGCUUCAGAGUCAUGAAUAUGUUCUUACCACACAAUUUUGUACUUUCAAGGGGCAUCUUUCUUUGGGCCUUUUAUUUUUUUUGCUUUUCAUUUAAUUUCAGUUGCUUCUUAAUAAAUAAUAGUGUCUUUUGUUGCUUAUCUUGUAUAAGCUAAUAGACCCUAUUCAUGUUCUUCCCUUUA